AUGCCUCGAAAAAAGGUUUCUGCGCUUUCCGAAGGCUUGCUUCUCAACGGGUCACUUUCUUCAUCGAUACAGACUAUCUUUGCGAGUACUCCAGGCCUGAAAAUGCUCCAGAAGUUCUUCGCCAGCUGGCUCCGUAUCGAUCUGAGUACCCUCGUGUUAUACAUCACCAUACUUGGCUAUUUCUCAGACGGCUUCUCCGAGCUCGAAAGCAUCGCAUCCAGAUUUUACGGGCUUAUUGUGAAGUUUUGGACUUCGUCAGUGUCCCUCGCCGGGGACGAGCCGCUCAACGCUCAUGUCUUAGAAUGGAUACAACGCAAGGUUAUACCACAGCAGAAGACUAGGGCACUAGCAGCGGGGACUGCACUCCAAAAGCAUUAUGAAAGAGACGACACGGGCAUGCAUGACGAAGAGCCCAUCGAAUACUUGCCAACUUUUGGAACAACUUGGUUCUUUUUUGAGAAAACUCUUUUCAUGGUCCGGCUAGAUCCCUUGUCGACCACCACACGAGGCGCUACUCAGGCCAAUACAUAUACAGCCGCGCCGACAGGAAACGAACCACUUCUUAUCAUGUGCGUAGGCAGAUCUACCGAGCCUAUUCGACGAUUCCUCAAAUGUUGUAACUCGUUCGUAUCCGACCGCCAAGCGAAGAAUGUGAGUAUUUAUGCUUCCAAGAAUGGUGAGAUCUGGGACAGCCUCAUUUACCGUCCGCAUCGUCCGCUUGACACAGUCCACUUUGAGAAAGGCCUGAAGGAUGAGGUGGUGGCCGACAUCACCAAGUAUCUGAAACGCGAAACUAGAGACUUCUACUCUGCCCGAGGUAUUCCUUAUCGCAGGGGUUAUCUCUUUGAGGGACCUCCUGGGACUGGAAAGACUUCUCUCGCAUUCGCCAUCGCCGGUCAUUUCAACUUGCCAUUGUGGGUGCUAGAUCUUCCCACAUUGGCGAACGACGCAAGCCUGGAAGCCCUGUUCGUCAAGUUGUCCCUGAAAUGCGUCAUCUUGAUAGAAGACAUUGACGCCGUUGGUCUCAAGCGUGAGCUGAGCCACGUCAAGCAAAAGGACAAUGAGCAAAAACGGAAAGGGAAAUGCACUUUGGCUGGGCUGUUAAACGUCCUCGAUGGUGUUACAGCUCAACAGGGCCGGAUUGUGCUAAUGACAACGAACUUUAUCGAACAUCUCGAUGAAGCACUAAUUCGACCGGGUAGAGUGGACAAGAUUUUUCACCUUGGAAAGAUCACUCAGGAAACUGCCCGAUCCAUGUUUAUAUGCAUGUAUGCCCGAGAACGACCCGAGGGUACAGAGGUCUCAGCAGAGAUACAGAAGCUUGCUUCAGAGUUCAGCAACAAGAUACCGGAGAGAGUUUUCUCACCAGCUCAACUUCAAGGCUAUCUGCUCGGCUACAGCACAUCACCGCAGCUCGCAGUCUACGAGAUACAGAAGUGGGUGGAGAACGAAACGGCCAUGGCCAAAGCCAAGAAGGAGAAAGAGAAAGCCGCAAAGGCGAAGAGCUCAGACGAUGAGGAAUCAAAGGAUGAUUUGGAGAAGAGAGUCAGAGAUCUCGAGGCCACCACUGAAGGCUCACUCGGUAAGCUUGAUGGUAGAGUGAAGGAGUUGGAGUCUAUGAUGGAAGUUGUUGAAGACAUGAGCGAGGCAACCGGUGAGAAGGAGAAUCGUGUUGUAACCGACACUACACAGCCUGCGCAGGGGUCCGCUGACCAAGGCGGCAUAUCUCGCAAGGAGGAAGAUCACGCUUCACUCAAUGGCAGCGAAGAAGCAUCAGCUUCCAGUAGCGGAUCCUCGGAUUAG